GGCGGGUUGAGUUUGCAAAGUUCGAGGAGCUUCUCUGCCUGCGGCUCCGAGAACAACACCAACAACAACAACAGCUAUAGCGGCCCCACACGUGUGGGUACGCCGGCUGUGCAUACGCACGUGCUUGCGUGCAUGAACCAAAGUGUCCGCGUGCUCUGCCCAGCUCCGCGCCCCCGGAAGGCCCCCGCGCCGGCGGCAAGUGCGAGGGCGCCGAUGGGGAGGACUCGGACGAUUAAAAAAACAAAAAUAAGUCAAGAAACACAAAACAAAGCUCCAGUGGAGUCGUGGGGGCGGCAUCGCGGCGGAAGGCCCGAGGAGACG